GGUCACUAUCGGGUAGGCUAGCUGACCUAAAUACUGCAUAGUUCACGCGUAAUCUAAUCUGCUGGCAAUGAGUUAUCCCAAGUUACGGUUGAUACUUUUGAUAAGAUGUUGAAGGAUCGAUAUAAAUAGUUCGAUGCGGUGGCAUCGGAGCAUAUUCCAAUAUUCGACUGUAACCGGGAGCAUCAUUUCCACGCAAUGAAACUUGUUCUGUUGAGUCUGUUCUGUGCUGUGCUGGGACUUUUAAACGCCUGGCCCGAAAAUCCGCAGCGUCGCCGUCCAUGGUGGAACCAACUUCCCAGAACCAUCGGGGCGAGGUCUGUGGUGGAGUCCAGCAGCCGGAUUGUAGGUGGUGUCGCAGUGAACAUCACCGAAUUCCCGUAUCAGAUAUCACUUAGUUCCGCAAGUGGCAGUCAUAUGUGUGGAGGUUCCAUCAUAGGAUCACGCUGGAUUCUGACAGCCGGCCACUGUGCCUUCAGCUCCGAAAAACCUCUGCAGCAGGUUCGAAUCGGAUCGACCGAUCGGACCAGCGGUGGUAAGGUUCUACGAUUGGACCGUGUCGUUCAGCACCCGCAGUACGACUCCUAUGCGAUUGAUUACGAUUUUGCACUGCUGGAGCUGAAGCAAGAUCUACUGUUCGACGAAAGCAACCAAGCCGUUGAACUUCCCCGGCAGGAUGAGGAACUUGCCGAUGGUUCCCUGUGUCGGGUCUCCGGAUGGGGGAACACUCAGAAUGUACAGGAAUCUUCCCGGUAUCUGCGAGCAGCGGAUGUACCAUCGGUGAAUCAGGAACAGUGUGCAACGGCCUACGAGAGCUUCGGUGGUAUCACUGAGAGGAUGCUGUGUGCUGGCUACAAGGAAGGCGGAAAAGAUGCUUGUCAGGGAGAUUCCGGUGGACCGCUGGUUUCCGGCGGGAAACUAGUCGGUGUGGUCUCCUGGGGUUUGGGAUGCGCUCAGCCAAACUAUCCGGGAGUCUACUCACGAGUCGCUAGCGUUCGUAGUUGGAUCGAAGAAAUCACCGGCAUUUAACCAGAAACAUCCGAAUGAGUGAGUUGUUCUCUCCAAACAGUUGCUAAUAGACCUUUCAAUAAUCAUCUCACGGCAUGUUGUUUAUUUUUUUUUUGCUGUUCAAACAUAAUCACUCUCAACAACACGGUUUUGCGUCAUUUGAUGUCCUCCGAAGCGCGGCAGAAAAGUCUCACUUUAUGUGGUCUACUUUCGCGAAAGGCUGAGCCUCCUCUGCUUCCUUUCGAACGUCAGCUCGUUCGCAGAAAACUCUCUGUGCAAUUCCUUCCUUGCCUGGCUGGCUGGCACCCGCGACUCGGUUGUGGCAUCAUUCGAAAGGAAGCAAGAGUGGUACUAAUCGGUCGUUCGUUUUUUUUUUAUUAUUAUUUGAUUGCACUCGUCAACUCAAACAAGUGCGCUCCGAUAA